AAAAAAAAAAAAAAAGCUCUCUGCUCUGUAAAAAAGUGUAGAGAUCUGAAACAACCCGAACAUCAAAACUUCGAAUCGAAGAGAAGAAGAAGAGGGUAUAAUAUUUGUAGAUACAAAGAAGCUAAGAUGUCUUGGCAAACAUACGUAGAUGAGCACUUGAUGUGCGAAAUCGAAGGCAAUCACCUCACUUCCGCUGCUAUCAUCGGCCAAGAAGGCAGCGUUUGGGCUCAGAGCGCCUCCUUCCCUCAGUUUAAGCCUGAAGAAAUAACUGCUAUUAUGAAUGAUUUUUCUGAACCUGGGUCACUUGCACCAACUGGGCUAUACCUUGGUGGCACAAAGUAUAUGGUGAUCCAAGGGGAAGCAGGGGCUGUCAUACGUGGAAAGAAGGGCCCUGGUGGUGUUACCAUCAAGAAGACAAAUCAAGCCUUGAUCAUUGGAAUAUACGAUGAGCCUAUGACUCCUGGUCAGUGCAACAUGAUUGUUGAAAGGCUGGGCGAUUAUCUCAUCGAUCAGGGUCUCUAGUCGUGCACCAAUAUGCUGAUUGCGUCCUUUCAGUGUAUCCUUUUUUAUUAUAUUUGGAUUUUUCGAGCAUCUACCUACCUGAAGCUGGAAUUGUUGCAAUGUAGUAGUAUAUUUACGUAACUUGAAGUGAUGGAGAACCAAGUGCAAAUUGGUACUUGGAAACUAGAAUAUAAGGUCUCUAGUAAGAAGCUAUUUGUCGUUGUACUCGACCAUAGAUCUUUGGGCCUUUUUUAAUGGAAAUGUUUCUGUUAGAUUGACAUUUUAGUCAUGCAAAUAUUUUAUUUACCUACAAAAAUUAUUGUGGAAGCCAUUGUUAUCAAAUUGACAAGUGAAAUUUAUGACUAGAGUGAUGAUUUUGCCCUCUUUCU